CCUUUCUCACAAGAAAUCCCUGUCUCUCUUUACACAUCUCCGCUCCUCUGUUUCUCCCUCUCUAAGAAUCUCCCCUCUCUCUCUCAUCAAGACCCCAAUAUGGCUGAUUCGAUGGAUCCUCCCGGGACCCCAUUAUUGUCCGGAGUAAUAAGUAGUAGCAGCAGUAGCAGUAGCGAGACCGAUGAGAGUCCGGUGACUUCGCACCGUUUUGUGCUGCAAGAUGUGAACUUUCCUCAUAUCCCAAGAAAGUGCUUAUCUGGGUCUCAAUCGUAUCGAUCAUUGGCGGUUCUAUCAGGGCAUAUAGGGACAGUUUCUUGCUUGGCCUUAUGUGGGGAAUUUAUAUUGAGUGCUUCACAAGGGAAGGACAUAAUAGUGUGGCAACAGCCCGACUUGAGAUCGUUUACUAAGUUUGGACAAGGAGAGGGCUCGGUGAAGGCGCUUGUGACGGUUGGGACUAAAGUCUUUACUGCUCAUCAAGAUAGUAGAAUUAGGGUCUGGAAGGUAACAAGAAGGUCUGAGAAUGUGUUUAGGCUUGUUGAUACACUUCCUACUACUAAGGAUUAUUUGGGGAAAUUCAUGAAGCAAAGCAAUUAUGUGCAAACAAGGCGGCACCAUAAACGGCUAUGGAUUGAACAUGCUGAUAGUAUUUCUUGUUUGGCUGUUAAUAAUGGAUUUAUUUAUUCAGGUUCUUGGGAUAAGACCCUCAAAGUUUGGAGGAUAUCAGAUUUGAAGUGUUUGGAGUCAAUUAAGGCUCAUGAUGAUGCAAUUAAUGCGUUGGUGGCUUGUAAGGGAACUGUGUAUUCAGCUUCUGCAGAUGGAAAGAUUAAAGCUUGGGGAAAAGAAGGGAAGAGCUCACACUCAUUGAAGGGGAUUCUUGAGGGUCAUAAGGAUGUUUCCAUUAAUGCUGUGAUUGUAUCUGAGGAUGGAAAGUGGGUUUAUGGAGGAGGAUCAGAUGGGUUUUUGAUGGGGUGGGAGGGGAGUCUUGAUCUUAUUAGUUGGAAGUUUGUGAGUGAGGUUAAAGCACAUAAGAUGGCUGUUUUGUGUAUGUGUCUAACAGGGGAGAUUUUGUGCAGUGGUUCUGCUGAUAAGAAUAUAUGUAUUUGGAAGAGAGAGGCUUUUGGGAAACUAUCCAAGGUUGGGGUCAUAAGUGGUCAUGAAGGGCCAGUCAAGUGUUUACAAGCAUCACCAAGUAAUGUUGGUGGUGGAUUCUUGCUCUACAGUGGAGGAUUUGACAAGAGUCUAAGAGUUUGGUGGGUACCCAAGUACUGCACUCAAAGAGAUAAUUCAUCUACAACAAAAGAUCCAGAGGGAAAUUCUAUCAUCUUGUGUUAGUCUAAUAGUUUUGAAUAUUGUGAGUCAUGAAAGCACUGGUUCCAUUUUUUAUGUGUCUGCAGUGCUCACUAGUCCAGUGUUGCAGUCUGUUUGUGUCAAUAGUUGUCAAGUUGUAUUGGGUGAGGUAUUGAGUUAUUGGUCCUAUAGUUUAGAGGAACAGACAGAGAGGAGUGUGGAUUUGGUUUUCAUAUUAUCUUUCAAUAGUUUUUGUGUUUCCACUCAAUUGUAAUGAGAGAAAAAAUUAGUCUUGUGUACUUCA